CUCGACGCGCUUGCGCUUCUUAGAACGGUACAGCUUGGGCAAAGGGAUGCAACCGUUGUUUUCUAAUCAAAGCCAUGGCAACGUCCCGGCGACGAGCAGCUUACGAUUUCUUUUUCCAUUGAGAGAAAUCGUGGGCGAAUUAAUUUCUGGUUCUUUUUAAUCAAUUCACUAGGAUCCAGAACCUGCGGAUUUCCAGCAAGCCUUUCUCUUACUAUCCGCCAGUUCGCCGCCGGGUAUUGGCUGGGUUUAGGUGUGGCCAACGACAUGCCAUCCAAGACACUGCGAGGAGCCGAGAAAAAGGCGCUGGAAGGGGAAAAUGAGUCUCAGGACACUCUGGAGGUUUUUAACCGCUUGGUGCAAGGCUACGGUGUUGGCAUUGCAAGCAGCUCACCUCCACCACCAGACCUCAGCACCACGCCGCCUCCAAGCAAGCCUGGUGUUCAGAAAGACGUUGGCCGCUUCAAAAAGCCACCAUCCUUCAACACGCGGGGGACGACGCGUGCAGGCAACAACAACUCACAAUCUCGUCGUCAACAUCGUUCCGGCGUGGAAAGGGCACCAUCACAGGGGUCACAAACCCGCCAGGCUCCUGGCAGCGAUGGCCCAGACACUCAGUUAACAGACAUCCCUGCCCCAAACCAGAUCAACGUUGCGCGCCGAGACAAGAUGGACUCGCAAAAGUCGACACAGUCCAACAAUGGUCGAAGCUAUGACCAGUACUGUCGUUCGCCAUCUCCCAGCAUGGACACUCGGACUCGAGAACAAGCGAUUGUGGAGGAAGAGAAUGCAGGGACGGUGCAGUUUGAUCUUGAUAAAAUUCCCCAGGAAACGCCCUAUCAUGGUUCCAAUCUGCCAAACGACUCGGGCUUCGUUGACUAUGGUACAAGUCGUCUUCCCAAACAUGCAUCUCACCAGCCCAUCUUAUCGUCGCCUCGCCCGCCAGAGACACCGGCUGCUCCACAUAACCCGUUUCGACAAGGACUCUCUCAGCUACUUCCCCCCUCCCAAAUGUUUCAGUCGACCCAGUUUUCAUCGGCCGUCAAGGUGGCCAGCCCAACUUCCUCACGACCAUCGCCGGCAGAGUUCCCUCACCCAGGAUCACUUACCGGCCCAGCUCUGUCAUCCCCACUUAAGGAUCGGGGUCUUCGGUCGUCUUCUGUCCCGAACCCGCCAUCAAGCCCACAGAUUCUUCCAGGGAGAAAGUCAUCCAACCUGGAAAAUCGACCCAGCAGUCCCAUUCCUAGCGCCUCGAAUGGAAACAAAGCUGCUACUGAAGCGCCGCAAUCUGAGUUGCUCCCAAGGCGAAGAGCAGCCCCGGAGCCAAUGGCCGCUUAUGAGCCUAUUCAAAAGUCCCAAGAAAGACGUGGCUCCUCGGAAGUGCGGUCAGACCCUCCUGUAUUCGAAAAGGACGAUGAUGACGAGGAGCUACUUCGACGUCGAAGGGCACAGAGCAAAAAGAAUGCUGCGCUCAAGUCACUAACCGCCAUCAGUGUACCGCGUUCAGCGAAGACGAAGAUGGCAGAAGUCGAAGUGCCAUUGACGAGCAGUGAGAAACAAACGACAAAGGCGGAGGCAUAUCUUGUCCAGUGCCACGGCACCGAGGCUCAAGAUUCUUCACUGGAUGAAGAGACCAUCAAGGACUCCCAAGCUAAGAACUUGCCAUCUGGACCGAAACAGCCCGCUAUUGUUGACGACGAUUCAACCCAGUCUGACAACGGGGAUAUGGCAGAGCCAGUGGUAGACUUGACGCCAGUAGCAGAGCCCGAACUUCCAGCAGUGCGUUCAAGGCGGUCAGCUCGUUCAGGCCAUCCUGUUGAGCCCCCAGGUCUAGCUCCAGCUACAUCCAUAAUUCCGGAAACGAGUCCUACACGAGUCAGAAUGGAAGCCGGUGUGGUAGAGGAGCCAACCCAUCAGCCGGCUGCCCCAGAACUGGAGCCGGUCUUGCCUCACUCGACCCCCCCGGCGCCCAAUACAAGAUCCAGAAGGGCAAUUCCUGAGCCUCGUCACCCUUCAAGCUCAGACCUCACCUCCAUCGCCUCAACCCCCAGUAUCUACACAGACUCUACUAGAGCAUCUGUGUCUGAGCGCUCGCCUCUCGAGGCUUCAAUGGCUGGCAACUUCUCAACGGUUUCUACGAGACUGAACCGGAGACAAGUCCGUGAGAGAGUUGCAAAGCCGAAAGGCUCAAGAGAGAGUCUGAGGCAAUCUGUAAGGUUGCAGAGCAGGAGGGGCUCAGGUUCAACAGACGAGCUCGCUCUGCCCCUGCCGACAACGCCGGCUUUUGAGGAUAGCUUGGGCGUCUCCCGUCUCAAUAUUGCUUCGGCAUCUCGGUCGACUUUUCGAGCUGCCUGCGCGAGCAUCAAAUCGCCCUUCGGCCAGCCUACUUCGGGAUUGUUCAGCAAUAUGGCUUUUGCCAUUUCUUUUCAAUCGAAAAAGCCAGGUGAAACCAAUGAUCAGUACAAGAAGCGCAUGGACGAUUCAACCACCCUUCAGAAGCGUAUUGCGCAAGCUGGGGGCAGGGUGCUUCCAAAUGGAUUCGAUGAGCUCUUUGAGGUUUCACCCGGGAGAUCACUCACGUCGACCCCGGUCGCUAGUCCUGGGAAGGGCCAGACGUCGGCUGAGAUCCAACUCACUCCUGUUGGGUAUGCCACCGGAUUUACGGCGUUGAUUGCUGAUGGGCACUCUCGCAAGGUAAAGUACAUGCAGGCUUUGGCGUUGGGGCUGCCGUGUAUUGCUCCGCGUUGGGUGACGAUGUGUCUAGACAGGGGGGAGCUGGUGGACUGGUCGCCUUUUCUCUUGUGCGCUGGACAGUCGGCUUUUUUGGAUAAUGCCAUCAGGUCGAGGAGUUUGGCUCCUUAUGAUGCCGCGACGGCUAGGUUGGCGGAUGUGGUUGCCCAGCGCCCGAAGCUGCUGCAGGGGAGCAGGAUGCUGGCCGUGGUGAAAAAGUCGGUCCAGUCGAAAAAGAUGCCGUAUGUGUUUCUGGCGCAGGUGCUGGGGGUUUCGUUGACGAGGGUGUAUACUGCUGACGAGGCCAGGGUGGCGGUGAAGGCUGCGGAGGAGGCGGGGCAGGUGUUUGACUGGGUUUAUGUUGAUGGGAAGUCGGUCGAGCAGGCGCUGUUUUCUGCUCCUUGUUCGACGGGGCAGAAGAAGAAGAGGAAGAGGGGGUCGAUGGCGGCGCCGGAGGUGGUGACGGGGGAUGGUGGUGAGCCGCCCUUGAAGAGGAUUAGGACGUUGGAUGAUGAGUUGGUGAUUCAGAGUUUGAUUUUGGGGAGGUUGAUUGAGGAGGGGGAAAUGGAACAGUGAGUGUGUGUGUAGGGGGGGGUAUAUCCAGUUUACUUUUGGUUUUUUAAUUUAGCUUUUAUCUGUCAUGUAUGAUUAGCGGGCAUGGCGAUGGGAGUUGGGGGGAAUGUGAGAUAUCACGCCUGUAGUUUUGUAGAACGGGAUGAUGGGUAUAGGACAAGAGAAUUUAUCAGAUGGGGAUUAGACGGAGAAUGGAAGGGGGAGGGAUGGAUUUUAUACAGGAUAAUGUGAAGAUACAGCGUAUAGUUUAUAGCAGAUCAUUGCGUUUUGAACAGGGAGUUAGUCAAGAGGGAAAAAUGAACGUCGUGAAUUCAUAUUACAAAACUUUUACCCUACACUUUCCUUGCGAUACAAAUCCCAACCCAUUGACAAAGGAAGUAACUCCCCCUCCACCGAAAAGUAAGUUAACGAACGUCUCUAGUUAGUCCAACC